GGGUAGAAUCCUGAAACGCAAGAAAGUGUGUGUAUAUAUAAGCUAAUAGAGCGAGAGAUAGUGAAUCAAAAGUAGCUAGGGUUUUAGCAGUCAUUCAUCCAUCCAUCCAUAAAGAGGGGUUUAGAAAAUUCCCAAAUCGCUCUCUCUCUCUGAUCCCUAACAACCACCAACAAUGGCGACUAUGGUUCCUCCAAUUCCUACCUCCGAUGAAAAGAAGAAUCACGAUGUCAAAGUUGAUUACUCCAAUCUUCCUUGUCCCAUUCCCUUCGAAGAACUCCACCGCGAAGCUAUGAUGUCUUUGAAACCUGAACUUUUCGAGGGUUGUCGUUUUGAUUUUACCAAAAUGCUUAAUCAUAAAUUCUCUCUCAAUCACAGCGUGUCGAUGGGACCUAUUGAGAUUCCUUCUCAAUCCGCCGAGGUUAUUAAGAUUCCAACUUCUAACUAUGAGUUUGGUGCUACUUUCAUCGAUCAUCCUCGGUUGGUGCUCCUUGGGAGAUUAUUGACUGAUGGAAGGUUAACUGCAAGACUCAAGUAUGACAUGCUUGAGAAUCUCACUUUGAAAGCCAAUGCUCAGCUAACAAGUGAGCCACAUAUGUCGCAAGGGAUGAUGAACCUUGAUUACAAGGGUAAGGAUUUUAGGACACAGUUUCAAUUGGGGAAUGGAGCCUUGCUAGGAGCAAGUUAUAUUCAGAGUGUGACAAAUCAUUUAUCGUUGGGAGGGGAGGUCUUUUGGGCUGGUCAGCAUCGGAAGUCUGGUGUAGGUUAUGCUGCUCGCUACAACACCGAUAAAAUGGUUGCCACGGGACAAGUUGCUAGCACUGGAAUGGUUCUUUUAAGCUAUGUUCAAAAGGUUUCUGAGAAGGUUUCUCUAGCUACUGAUUUAAUGUGUAACUACUUGUCGAGAGACGUUACUGCUAGCUUUGGUUAUGACUACAUCCUUCGACAGUGCCGCCUUAGAGGAAAGGUUGAUUCCAAUGGUGUCUGCGCUGCUUAUUUGGAGGAGCGGUUAAACAUGGGUCUGAAUUUCAUUCUUUCUGCAGAGCUUGAUCACAAGAAAAAAGACUACAAAUUUGGAUUUGGUUUGACUGUUGGAGAAUAAAUUAGAGCUGGACUAGAUCUCUAUCUCCAUUUCUUUAGCCUAGCAAGUUUUCUUGCUUCUUUUGACUUGUUGGCGAUUUUUCUUUUUGAUAAGAAGAAAACAAAGGAGGAAUAUAUCAUUUGUGUCGACAAAUGUCAUUUAUUAUCCACAAGUUGGCCUAAAAGUACUUCAAAUUUAUUUAGAACUCUUGCCCUGUUUUCCCUUGAGAGGGAUGUAGAGUGAUAAUAGCUGAUCAAUGCAUAUUUUGAUAUUCAAUUUCAACAUGCUGAUAAUGUUUUUCUCUGA